UUUUCGGCGCUCCCCGUCAACCUUCCUCUGACUCCGCUCCACUCCAUCCAUCCCCUUCUCUUUCUCGGCGGCCGUCACCACCGCUCCGCGCAGGCACUCGCAGCACAAGCAGACAACAAGACAGAGCGCCGCCCCCGAGUCUCCGGCGAAUCCCCUCCCCUCACGAGGUCUCGUGCCCGAACAGGAGGAAGAGUCGGCGGCGGCGAGAACCCUAAGCCCCAGUGGCAGCGGCGGCCAGCAAGAUUAUUGAGCUAAAAUGGGAGUGGCAGGUCACAAUGAUCCAUUGUUGGGUGAAACAACAUGUGGGUCUUUGCUUCAGCAACUUCAGGCUAUUUGGGAUGAGGUUGGUGAAAGCGAUGAAGAUCGCGACAAGAUGUUACUUCAGCUAGAGCAAGAGUGCUUAGAUGUUUAUAGGAGAAAGGUCGAUCAUGCUUCUAGCUCCAGAGCACGUCUCCUUCAACAGCUUGCCAACUCCAAAUCCGAGCUGACCAGACUCCUUUCUGCAUUAGGAGAGCUGUCUGUUUCUGGCAUUCCUGACAAGACAACUGGUACAAUCAAGGAGCAACUAGCAGCUAUAUCACCAUCCUUGGAACUACUCUGCAGGAAAAGAGAUAGUAGGGUAAAAGAGUUUGCUGACGUACAACUUCAGAUUCAGACACUACGUGGUGAAAUCACUGGGAAUUUACAGUCUGGUGAACUCUUGGAAACACCCCAUGUCAAUGAGGAUGAUCUUUCAGUAAAGAAGUUAAAUGAAUUUCUUUUUGAACUACAAGCCCUACAAAAGGAAAAGAGUAAUAGGCUCCACAAGAUUCUCGAAUCUGUGAGUUCAGUGCACGAUCUCUGUUCUGUACUCGGCAUGAAUUUCGUGGGCACAGUUACUGAAGUUCAUCCUAGCCUUGAUGACUCUGUUGGUGUUCAAUCCAAGAGCAUCAGUGAUGAAACUUUAUCCAAGCUGUCUAAAAUGGUGAUUGGACUUCAAGAAGAAAAAUCAAAGAGGUUUGCAAAGAUUCAAGCCCUAGCAUCCCAGCUAUCUGAUCUUUGGAACUUAAUGGAUGCCCGGGUGGAGGAACGCCAACCUUUUCAUCACAUCACAUGCAAUAUGUCCUCAACAUUGGAUGAAGUGACAGUUCCAGGAGCUCUGGCUCUUGAUGUAAUUGAGCAGGCUGAACUUGAAGUUGAAAGGCUCGAUCAGCUGAAAGCUAGUAGGAUGAAGGAUAUCGCAUUCAAGAAGCAGACUGAACUUGAAGAUAUAUAUGCCCGGGCUCAUAUUGCAAUAGAUACUAGUGCUGCCAGAGAUAGAAUAAUGUCUAUUAUCGAGUCUAGUAGUUUUGAACCUUCGGAACUACUGGCCAAUAUGGAGAACCAGAUACUUCAAGCAAAUGAAGAGGCGUUAAGCAGAAAGGACAUAUUGGAGAGGGUUGAUAGGUGGAUGUCAGCUUGUGAAGAAGAGAGCUGGCUUGAAGACUAUAGCCGGGAUGAUAACAGGUACAGUGCAACUAGGGGUGCACAUCUGAAUCUGAAACGUGCAGAAAAGGCUCGUGUUUUGGUCAAUAAAAUUCCAGCUAUUGUUGACACGCUGGUUGCGAAGACCCAGGCUUGGGAACAAGAGCACGGCAUGCCGUUCACCUAUGACGGCGUUCCUCUCCUUGCAAUGCUGGACGAAUACAAAAUUCUGAGGCAGGACAAGGAAGACGAGAAGCGAAGAAUGAGGGACCAGAAAAAGAUAAAUGAUCAGCUAGCCGCGGAACAGGAGAAGCUGUUUGGUUCGAAGCCGAGCCCAGCGCGGCCCCAGUCCUCAAGGAAGGUUGCUGGCGCCCGGGCAAACAGUGGUGGUGGUGCAGUUAAUGGCACGCCGGUCCGGAGGCUGUCGGCCCUCCAGAGCGGUGGCAGGACCGCAAGCCGGGAUGGGCGGAGGGAUGCGAGCAGGCCGGUUGCUCCGGUGAACUAUGUCGCCAUCGCCAAGGAGGACGUGGCCUCGCAGGCGUCCAGCAACCACACGGGGCUCUCCACCCCCUGACCGUGGUUGGUAUAGGUAGCAACCAUUGUGACGGAGCUAGAAAUAUACCAGUGCAGUAGUAAGGAGAUAUAGCUGCGCCGGAUUGGAUUGGUGUGGAACGGUGGCGGCGCUGGGUUUGGCCGCCGGUGCUUCUUCUCCGGCGAUGUUGGUGCGGUGUAGAUCGGAUGCAGUUGAUAUGGAAUGGAAACAGAUUCACAGUAUCA